AACUGAAGCUUUAUUGCUUGCUUACUAUUUGUCAAUAUUUUCCAUUUCAAAAUGUUGAGUUCUAUUUUGGACUAUUAUUUAGUGAACAAGUGCUAUUAGAAGCCUAAGGUAUACAUAUGAAAAAAUCUUAUAAUUAAAGAGACCAUAAAUUUGGUGCUGUAUGCCUCAUGUACAGGCACAUGCAUCAAUGAAGAUGAGCGGUGAAAUGUUUGAGGGUAAGGAUUAUCCAACUCAGUGGGCUUUGAAUCCCUCUACUUACCAAAAAAUGAAUAGCGAUCAAGUGGAUUGGGCAGCUUUAGCACAGCAAUGGAUCAAAAUGAAAGAAACUACUGUUCCGCCUGCGCCGCCGCCUCCACCCAUUUUACAAGGAUUGCAAGGUAAUUCAUCGAGCGAUGGUGGAGGUGAAGCACCAAUGGAUAUGGACACUAAGGAUGAUGAUAUCCCGCCAGCUCCACCGGCUCCAAUUAUCAGUGGAACAGAUGGUUGGAAUCAGUGGAAUCAAUGGGGGGGUCAUUGGAAUCAAGCCAAUGUUGGCAUGCCAACUAGCAAUUGGGAAUGGAAUAAUCUUCCUGGGGAACCAGAUGGAAAAUCUCUUGGAAUUUCAAAUGUCCCUAAUAAUGCAAUUAUUCCACCUCCAGCGCCAACUAUUUCUUCUAGUAGUUCAACGUUUAGUAAUCACUGUGCCCCGUCCCCUGCCGUACCAUCAGUACCACCUCCUUCGUUUGCAUAUAAUACUUUGUCCAUGGGUCAAACACAAUUUAGCAACCAAGUCCCUAACAAUAAUUUUUGGAACGAGCAACAACAUUCUGUCAUUCCAGUGAAUACAAUGUCUGUUCCACCAUCAUCCUUUAUGAAAGGAAUGCGUCCAAAUAGCAAUAGAAUUCCAUUGGUUACACCAAAUAGUACAUUGGCAGCAACGGAUGUAAUGUCAAGAAAUCGAGACGUAAGGGAUAGAACACCCGAGGAUGAACUUACAACUACAUUAGAUACUGUAAAACGACGACAAUUACCAGCUUGGAUUCGCGAGGGUCUUGAGAAAAUGGAAAGAGAAAAGCAAAAGGCCGUUGAACGCGAGAGACAAGAAAUUCUUCGAAAGCAGGAGAUCGAAGCCCGUAAAAAAAUUGAAGAUCAAGCCCGUGCUGUUCUCAAUCCUAGUAAAAGUAAAUUUGAUUCUGAUUCAGAAAAAGAAGCUACAGAGCAUGAAUAUGAUGAUGAUAAUAAAGUAGACAGUAAUAGUAACGAAGAUAAACCAAUAGAUAAUUCUGAACCACGAAGUCCAGAUCUUAUGCGUCCGAGAAAAACACGAUUUCAUGAUGCAACUUCACCUGUCGUACAUUCUCGUACAAUAGUAUCUACUAGUAAACAGAAAAAUUCUGACGAUACCAUUUCAUUUACUGGAUCAAUUGUACGACAAAAUAAAGAGGAAAUUUUAGAAAACUUGAUGCUUAAGGUUCGUAGAUCACUUACAGAAAUUUUACUAGAAGUGACGAACGAUGAAAUUGGUUCGGUAUGUAAAGAGAUCUGGAAACGUUCUUGUAAUAAAGCUUCUAUAGGAAAAACCUCGAUACAUACAUCCCAGAACACAGCUCCACUCGCCCAGAUAACACGCAAGCUUGGUUUGGGCAUUUAUGGUGAUAGUAAUAGUGAUUCGGAUGAAGAACAUGUAUCGCAACAUGAGCAUCUGCAACAACAAAGUUCUUGCGAGAAUGACAGUGAGGAGGAGUUAAAGGAUACCCUGAAACGACGACAACAGGCUUUCCGUAAAACUGAAGCUGAAAUCGAGGCUCGUCUUGCUCAAGAAGAUGAAGAACAAGAAGGCAAAGAGGAUGAAGAACACGCGAAGACAGUACAGCCAGAGCAUCAAGAAGGAAGCAGAGAAGAAGAGGAAAGAAGGAAAAAGGAUAAUGAAUUGGUAAGGAACGAACAAACGACAAAGGAAAAGAAAAAGAGUAGAACAGAAAGAGUUGGUAGAGGAGCGGAAAACCGCAUAAAAAAGGAUAAUAAUAUGGGUAAUACUAGCUGCUCAGAAACAGUUGACAAUGAAAAAGAUAUGGUAUACGGUAAUGAGAGAAAAUCAUCGGAGAUUCGGUCGAGCGAUAAUAGAAGUGUCAGCGGUGGCAGCAGACAUACAUUAACUUCAAAAUCAACAGUAACUGAUACCGAUAGGCUCGGUAGUUGCGUUACUCGAGGAGACGAGUCGUCCAGUUCUGAAAGUGCAAGCCAAAGCAAUUUAUCAAAACGGACCACACAUUAUAAUAAUAAUAGCAAUAAGAAUAAUAAAAGUUUCUCAUCGCGUAAGAAGGGGGCACGAUAUUCCGAAAAUGUAAAAAAUCGUUCGUCGAGUCGAAGCAGAUCCAGAAGUAGAAAUAAGUACUCUUCUAGGGAAGAUUCAUGCGAAUCAUCUCGGUCUUCCAAGACAGAUGCAGCCUCAACUGUUAACAGUAGUACCGGAGGUGGGCUGGGCAACUCAAGUGGAAAUAUAAAUAGCAGUUUGUCCUUGAGCAAGAAAUACAAAAGGAAUUCGCGUAAAAAUACUGAUAAACAAUAUUAUAAAUCCAGAUCCAGGUCAACCUCUCGGUCCGUAUCCCGUUUUCAUUCUGAAUCCAGAUCAAGGUCUCAUUCUGAAUCGAGUUCCAGAUCCAGAUCGAAAUAUAAGCAUUCGCGAUCGCCAUCACACUCAAAUUCUCACAGACGUCGUCGUAGCCGAGAUCAUCGCCUACGAUCCCGCUCCCAUACACGAACACGAACACGAACGCGAACACGAACACGAACACGAACACGAACACGGACUCGCUCUCGCACUCGAUCUCGAUCUCGUUCUCGAUCUAGAUCUAGAUCUAGAUCUAGAUCCCGAUCUCGUAAGCGUUCAAGGUCCUCUUACAGCCAUAAAAACACUGCUACUGGAAGUGGAAUUGGAUCUGGAACUACCAGAAAACGCGAUACUCGUUCGCGAUCUGUAGACCGUACAAGACGCUCAAGAUCCAAUACCCGAAAUUCGAGAAGCUAUUAUUAUCGCCAGCAUUCUCAUUAUCGUCGUGAUCGAGAUGGUAAGAAGUCGACGCAUGGCUACCAGGACUGAUCGUGCACCUGCUUUCAACUGAACAAAAGGUUGUAUUAAUAUAAGAAUCAUUAUUUAACAUUCUACUCUACUAAUACGGCUUACUAAUGUACAACAUUUAGGCUA